AUGUCCGCGGGCGGCAGCGCCAGGAAGAGCACCGGGAGGCCCUCCUACUACUACCGACUGCUGCGGCGGCCCCGGCUGCAGCGACAGAGGAGCCGCUCCCGCAGCCGGACCCGGCCUGCCAGGGAGUCGCCCCAAGAAAGGCCGGGCUCCCGGCGCAGCCUGCCCGGGAGCCUCUCAGAGAAGAGCCCCAGCAUGGAGCCCUCGGCGGCCACGCCGUUCCGGGUCACGGGCUUCCUCAGCCGCCGCCUCAAGGGCUCCAUCAAGCGCACCAAGAGCCAGCCCAAGCUGGACCGCAACCACAGCUUCCGCCACAUCCUGCCGGGGUUCCGGAGCGCCACCGCCGCCGCCGCCUCCGCCGUGGACAAUGAGAGGUCCCAUCUGAUGCCGAGACUGAAGGAGUCACGCUCCCACGAGUCAUUGCUAAGCCCCAGCAGCGCGGUGGAGGCACUGGACCUCAGCAUGGAGGAGGAGGUGGUCAUCAAACCCGUACACAGCAGCAUCCUAGGCCAAGACUACUGCUUCGAGGUGACGACGUCAUCAGGAAGCAAGUGUUUUUCCUGCCGAUCAGCAGCUGAGCGGGAUAAGUGGAUGGAGAACCUUCGGCGAGCAGUGCACCCAAACAAGGACAAUAGCCGGCGUGUAGAGCACAUCUUGAAGCUGUGGGUGAUUGAGGCCAAGGACCUGCCGGCAAAGAAGAAGUACCUGUGUGAGCUGUGCCUGGACGACGUGCUGUAUGCCCGCACCACCGGCAAGCUCAAGACGGACAAUGUCUUCUGGGGUGAGCACUUUGAAUUCCACAAUCUACCGCCUCUGCGCACAGUCACCGUUCACCUGUAUCGGGAGACUGACAAGAAGAAGAAGAAGGAGCGCAAUAGUUACCUGGGCCUGGUGAGCCUGCCUGCUGCCUCUGUGGCUGGGCGGCAGUUCGUGGAGAAGUGGUAUCCAGUGGUGACACCCAACCCCAAGGGUGGCAAGGGCCCGGGGCCCAUGAUCCGCAUCAAGGCACGCUACCAGACCAUCACCAUUCUGCCCAUGGAGAUGUACAAGGAGUUUGCUGAACAUAUCACCAACCACUACCUGGGGCUCUGUGCAGCCCUCGAGCCCAUCCUCAGUGCCAAGACCAAGGAGGAGAUGGCGUCUGCCCUGGUGCACAUCCUGCAGAGCACGGGCAAGGUGAAGGACUUUCUCACGGACCUGAUGAUGUCAGAGGUGGACCGCUGUGGGGACAACGAGCACCUCAUCUUCCGGGAAAACACGCUGGCCACCAAAGCCAUUGAGGAGUACCUCAAGUUGGUGGGCCAGAAGUACCUGCAGGACGCGCUAGGUGAGUUCAUCAAAGCGCUGUAUGAGUCGGAUGAGAACUGUGAAGUGGACCCAAGCAAGUGCUCGGCCGCCGACCUCCCUGAGCACCAGGGCAACCUGAAAAUGUGUUGUGAACUGGCCUUCUGCAAGAUCAUCAACUCCUACUGCGUUUUCCCCCGGGAGCUGAAGGAGGUGUUUGCCUCAUGGCGGCAGGAGUGCAGCAGCCGCGGCCGGCCAGACAUCAGCGAACGCCUCAUCAGCGCCUCCCUCUUUUUACGCUUCUUGUGCCCGGCCAUCAUGUCACCCUCACUCUUCAACCUACUGCAGGAGUAUCCCGAUGACCGCACUGCCCGCACACUCACCCUAAUCGCCAAGGUUACCCAGAACCUGGCCAACUUUGCCAAGUUUGGCAGUAAGGAGGAGUACAUGUCAUUCAUGAACCAGUUCCUGGAGCACGAGUGGACCAAUAUGCAACGCUUCCUUUUGGAAAUAGAGGUGGAGGGUUAUCACAGAAGCCUCCUGGAUGAGGUAGUGCAGGUGUGGGAAACCCUGAGCUUCCGUGUGGGCUUUUCUGUCUGCGAGGAUGCGGGGGUAGAACAGCCGAGGAGCAUUGUCUCCAAACUGGGGCCCCUACCUCGGAUCCUGAGGGAUGUCCACACAGCACUGAGUAUCCCAUCCAGCGGGCAGCUGAUGGGGACCAAUGACCUGGCCUCCACGCCUGGCUCUGGCAGCAGCAGCAUCUCAGCUGGGUUGCAGAAGAUGGUGAUUGAGAACGAUCUCUCAGGUCUGAUAGAUUUCACCCGGUUACCAUCUCCAACCCCCGAAAACAAGGACUUGUUUUUUGUCACAAGGUCCUCCGGGGUCCAGCCCUCGCCUGCUCGCAGCUCAAGUUAUUCAGAAGCCAACGAGCCUGAUCUGCAGAUGGCCAAUGGUGGCAAGAGCUUGUCAAUGGUGGACCUGCAAGAUGCCCGCACCCUGGAUGGGGAGGCAGGCUCCCCGGCUGGCCCCGACACACUCACCAGUGAUGGGCAGGUGCCUACAACUCAGCUGGUGGCAGGGUGGCCCACCCGGGCAGCGCCAGUGAACCUAACAGGGCUGGCCACAGUGCAGCGGGCAGGCCAAACACCAACCACACCAGGCACCUCGGAGGGUGCGCCCGGCCGGCCCCAGCUGUUGGCACCACUCUCCUUCCAGAACCCUGUGUACCAGAUGGCAGCUGGCUUGCCGCUGUCGCCGCGUGGCCUUGGCGACUCGGGCUCUGAGGGCCACAGCUCUCUGAGCUCGCACAGCAACAGUGAGGAGUUAGCAGCUGCUGCCAAGCUGGGCAGUUUCAGUGCUGCCGCCGAGGAGCUAGCGCGGCGGCCUGGGGAACUGGCACGGCGGCAGAUGUCACUGACUGAAAAGGGCGGGCAGCCUACGGUGCCUCGGCAGAACAGUGCCGGGCCCCAGCGGAGGAUUGAUCAGCCACCUCCACCACCACCUCCACCACCCCCUGCUCCCCGUGGCCGGACACCACCCAACCUGCUGAGCACCCUACAGUACCCACAACCCUCAAGUGGAACCCUGGCAUCAGCCUCACCUGAUUGGGCUGGGCCCGGAGCCCGCCUGCGACAGCAGUCCUCCUCCUCCAAGGGUGACAGCCCAGAGCUGAAGCCUCGCGUGGUGCACAAACAGGGCCCUUCACCUGUGAGCCCCAAUGCCCUGGACCGCACGGCCGCUUGGCUCUUGACCAUGAACGCGCAGUUGUUAGAAGACGAGGGCCUGGGCCCAGACCCCCCCCACAGGGAUAGGCUAAGGAGUAAGGAGGAGCUCAGCCAAGCAGAAAAGGACUUGGCAGUGCUGCAGGACAAGUUGCGAAUCUCCAACAAGAAGCUGGAGGAGUAUGAGACCUUGUUCAAGUGCCAGGAGGAGACGACGCAAAAGCUGGUGCUGGAAUACCAAGCGCGGCUGGAGGAGGGUGAGGAGCGGCUACGGCGGCAGCAGGAAGACAAAGACAUCCAGAUGAAAGGCAUCAUCAGCAGGUUGAUGUCAGUAGAGGAAGAACUAAAGAAAGACCACGCAGAGAUGCAAGCAGCUGUAGACUCCAAACAGAAGAUCAUUGAUGCCCAGGAGAAGCGCAUUGCCUCGCUGGAUGCUGCCAACGCCCGUCUCAUGAGCGCCCUGACACAGCUGAAAGAGAGGUACAGCAUGCAAGCCCGUAACGGCAUCUCCCCCACCAACCCCACCAAAUUGCAGAUUACUGAGAACGGCGAGUUCAGAAACAGCAGCAAUUGUUAA